AUGGAAUACCACUGGGUACUGUUUUCUGUCUUGUUGCAGUUAUCCUUCCAAACAGGUAGCGCCAGACCCACCAUCACCCCCAGAGGCCUCCACCUGGUCAUUCCACUCAACAUCCCCUUCAGCCUGCUUUGCCAGGGUGACCAGGUGGUGCAGUGGAAGCGGGAGGAUCGCCCCAAACUGAGGGGCGAGGAGCGGACUAAUGGGUCGUCCGUCCUGAAAAUUCCCAGAGCUCAGCCUGGCCACAUGGGCCGAUACAUCUGUCUGGAGGAGAGAACCGGAGAGCAGAGCUCUAUCUACGUCUACGUCAAAGAUCCUGAUAAUGUCUUUAGAAAGACCAUUGUGUUCAGUAUCCUGACUCGUGCGGGAGACAGUGCCUCCAUCCCCUGCCUAGCAACCGACCCGAGAGUGGUCAACCUGCGCUUGGAGUCAUGCCAUGGCGGUGCCCUCCCUAAUGAUCUCCACUAUGCUGCCAGCCUGGAGCGGGGCAUGGUUAUCUAUGACACUAAGAAGGCCUUUGAGGGCUGUUACAUCUGCACUGGCAGACUGGGCGGUGCCCUCGUUAAAUCACACAGCUAUGAUCUGACUGUGCGACCAGUCCCAGAUGUGCCCCCUGUGAUUGAGUUGCGUGGGCCCAAGAGGGUGGUCCUGACGCGGGGCCAGAAUCUCACCCUGACCUGCAGCACCACCAACGUCAACGGAGACAUCAAGCUGAAGUGGGCCGCUCCGCCGGGCACGCAACCGGCAGUGGAGAAUGGCUCACGCAUCCUGACUGAGCCCAUCACACACGUCCGCAGCGCUACACUCCAAGUCAACUCUGUCGGGACACAGAAUUCUGGGAGAUAUCGAUGUGAGGGUCAGAAUGAGAGGGGGAUCAGCUCUGAGUCAAUCUGGCUGGACGUCUAUGAUAGAGGUUUCAUCAACCUGGCUCCGUCAGAUAACAGUUCUGUGCGCGUGCGUGCUGGGGAGAGUCUGUCCCUGCAUGUGGACAUGGAGGCCUAUCCCAAACCACACACCUUCUCCUGGAGCUUCUCAGGCCAGCAGCUGAGGAACACCUCUGAUCAUGUCAUCACCAAACAGAACCACCAACACAGGUACAACAGUGAGCUCAGGCUGGUGCGUUUGAAAAUGUCAGAGAGUGGAGUCUACACCUUUUAUGCCUCCAAUGGUGAUGCAACAAUCAAUCAGUCAUUUACCGUCUACGUUAUCAGUAAACCAGAGAUUGUAUCUCAUGAUGGCCCAGUUGAUGGACAGGUGCGAUGUGUAGCUGAGGGAUACCCUGCCCCACAGAUCACCUGGUACUACUGUGAACAGCCUUAUAUGAGGUGCUCCCACCAGAUGAACGCCACUCAGGAGGAGCAGGACAUUGUCACGGUGACGUUGUUGAGUCCUUCCUUUGGGAAGACGGAGGUGGAGAGCAGGCUGAACAUCACCACAGGAAGAUUCCACACGCUGGAGUGUGUGGCCACCGUGGAGGGAGAGCAGGACUUCACACUGUUCUCUAUCAGUGAAAGAACAGUUCCCCAUGAGCUCUUCACACCUCUGCUGAUUGGCAUAGUGUCAGCAACCGCCCUCCUCAUCCUCAUCCUCAUAGUGCUCUUCUACAAGUACCUGCAGAAACCCAAAUACCAGAUCCAGUGGAAAGUCAUUGAAGGUAUCCACGGAAACAACUACGUGUAUAUUGACCCUACCCAGCUCCCAUACGAUCACGAGUGGGAGUUCCCCCGGGACAAACUGCGUUUCGGGAAAACUCUGGGCUCCGGAGCCUUCGGGAAGGUAGUGGAGGCUACUGCUUAUGGAAUGUCCAAAGCUGAUACAGUGAUGACAGUGGCGGUCAAAAUGCUCAAACCCAGUGCCCAUGCCACUGAGAAGGAGGCUCUGAUGUCAGAGCUGAAAGUUCUCAGUUACCUGGGAAACCACAUGAACAUUGUCAACCUGCUGGGAGCCUGUACUGUUGGAGGCCCAACCCUGGUGAUCACAGAGUAUUGCUGCUUCGGUGACCUCCUCAACUUUCUGAGAAGGAAGAGGGAGACGUUCUUUUGUGACACGUUAGGGGAGGACUGCUACUACAGGAAUGUCAUGCUGCAGAGGGAGACAGCUACAGCUUGAGACAGCAGGAAUGGAUACAUGGAUAUGAGGCCUUCUGUCGCUGGUGUCCUGCCCAAUGGCUUCUCCUCAGAGAAGAGAAUCUCGAUACGCAAACCAGGUGGUUCCAGUAGUGAGCCUGAUGUUGUGAGUGAGAUGCUCCAUGAGGACAGUCUCUCUCUGGACACUGAGGAUCUGCUCAGCUUCUCCUAUCAAGUGGCCAAAGGCAUGGACUUCCUGGCUUCCAAAAAUUGCAUCCACAGAGACCUGGCUGCCCGGAACAUUCUGCUGACUCAGGGGCGAGUGGCAAAGAUCUGUGACUUCGGCCUGGCCCGUGACAUCACCACAGACUCCAACUAUGUAGUCAAAGGCAAUGCUCGCCUCCCAGUCAAGUGGAUGUCUCCAGAGAGCAUCUUUGAAUGUGUGUACACAUUUGAGAGUGACGUAUGGUCCUAUGGCAUCUUGCUCUGGGAAAUCUUCUCACUCGGAAGCAGUCCAUAUCCUGGGAUGCUUGUGGACUCAAAGUUCUACAAAAUGAUUAAGGAAGGAUAUAGAAUGGAUGCACCAGAGUUUGCACCGAGUGAAAUGUAUGAGAUAAUGAGGUCGUGCUGGGACUCGAACCCCUUUAAGAGACACUCCUUCAGCAAGGUGGUGGAGAGGAUUGAACAACAGCUGUCAGACACCACCAAACACAUCUAUCUGAACUUCAGCUCCAGGUUUCCGGUCACAAUGGGGCAACAGGUUACCAGUGUGGACCAGGGGACGCAGAAUGCCAACAUCCUUUGCCUCAACUCUGUGGGCAGCAGCAAUGCCUCCACUCAGCCCCUAUUGGCCAGCGCCAGCGAUGACAUCUUUCUGGGGGAGAUGGCCACCGGGCUCAGGGUCCACCAGGUGUAAGGCCCCACCCACGAUGGCUGCCCCAUAAAGUGCCUGUUCAGUGCCAUCCCGAACACCCACCACACCCUAUUCCAAUCAUAUACUGUGUCUAGCUAUUAGCCACCCCCUCCCAACCUUAUGCCUAGCAGUUAGCCUCCCCCUUCAGACCGAGGUUUAAAGAAGGAUCCUCUCGAAACCUCUGCUCCUGGCCGCCAUAGGGGGUACCGUUCCUUGAUCAUUACUGCAUAUCAAUUUUGAUGUGCUGUUUGAAAUGGACAGUAUAGUUUAUAGCUCCAUAGUAGUGCUAUUUUCAGAGGACUUUCCUCAAUGUUGCUGUUACUGUAUCUUAUAUGUUUCAUACAAUGUUUUUGUUUGUUUCACAUUUCCGUUGUCAAUGUAUUAAACUGAAUUACUAUGUUGUUUUGUUUUAAAUAUAUUUUUUUCUAAAACGAAAUAAUGUAGCAUUUAUAAUGGUUGAAAUACAAUUAUCGUUGGAGGUGAAAGUACUUGAAAUGUAACAUCUUUCCAGAUGUAGGCAUCAUGUAAUGAAGUUUUCAGUUGACCUUUUUUUCUGUUGCAUCUUUAAAAAAUAUAAUGUUAGUAUUAUUCCACAAGUUCAGUUUUGGUGAUUAUGUGAAGGAGAGACAUUUCUAGGACCAAUGGCUGAAAUUAUAUUCAGUAGGUUAAAUCUCAAAACGUCUCAAUCUAAUGAACCGAUAAGCAUGGUACUAUGACUGUUUAUAUGUGUAUAUAUUGACCUUGUGUAUGACUCGUAAUAAGUGUAUGAUGUGAAAGGUAGCAUUAGCUUAGAUUCAGCAAAGGUUGCUUGCUGGAGAAUCCUUGUAAAUAUGUAAAUAUGUUGCUUGUGUCGGCACCUCUUCUGUCUUUUACAGUAUGUGACCCUUGUUUACAUUUGUCAUCAGACAGGUACUGCCAUAUCACUAUGGGGUUUCUUUAGUUUAAAAACUGUCACCAAAGAUGGGGAAGGUUGAAACAGUGCAUGGUUAGGAUGAGCAUACUGUAUAAGGGAAAGGUGAUUAGCCAGUGGAUGCUUUCUACUCUUAAAGAUUGUUAAAGAAGGCUUUCUGUUUUGAGACAAAAAGUCAAUGAUGCUCGUUUCAAAUGCCAAUGUGAAGCUUGCAGAACAAACCAAAAACUGUUCUGAGAAAAAGCCAAUGGGAGGAAUGCUGCUCAGAUGAAUAGCCAAUUUGGUGUUCGAUGUUAGAGCUGUCUAAUCAAACAAGGUUGUGACAUGUCUUAUAGCUCCCUACAGUCCUGUGGGCAGUUCCCUCAGUGCUCCCAUCCCAUCCACCAGUAGCUAAUUUCUCAGCCUUCCCUCCGCUCUUUAUGUCCAGCUGCUUCCUCUGACGGAAGUGUCACUUCCACCAUCUCUCAGCCAGAGCUCUGUAUCACUUCAGACUCCCAUCACUAGGACUUCCCUCUUCCCACACUGAGAUAUUGUUGUGAAGAGCACCUGGAAAUGCACAGACUGAAAGUGUGUGCGUCUGUGUGUCUGUGUGUGUAGGUGCCACAGUAUGAAAUGUAUGACAUUUACCCAUCUCGCUUUUCAACCCUGUCUCCUUCUCAAAGCUGGCUCUUUGUAAAUAUGUGUGUGAAUACAAUGUAAAGUAAUGUGGAUGCUGUCUUAAAUGUUUUAUUUUCUAUUAAUAUGGUAUAUUUAAUGCACACCUCUGAUAUUCUGUAAUAUAAAACAUUUCCUACCACAAAUAGAUACACAGAGAUACAUCCAUUAAAUAUAUACUGUACAUCUUCUUCUUUGGAGGUAAGCUGCUUGUUUUUCUGUUUUCUUGUGACAACUGUAGAUGUCUUUGUUUGGACAUUGCUGUAGAUUCCUUGUGUAGUGUCAUUUUCCCCUUGGCUAACCAUCACAUGCUGUCUUCUACAAGCAGGCCAAAACAUUUGUUCUUUAUUUUCAAAUGCUUUUGUACAGCUUUGCCUUGAAAAUCAGGUUUGUUUUCAGCCCCAAACAGGAACACUUCAUACUUUCAUGGCAAUAGCAAAUAUUGUUCUAAUUUGGCUAAUUACAAGCAAGGACGAGUAGAGCUGUAGGGCAAUGACUCACAUCAAUGCAAUGCUCAUUCCCCAUUCCCCCUUCUGUCACAUGGAAUUGGAGACCUCAAAAUAGGUAAUUACACACUAAUAAUAUAGUAGUUACAUGUUUAUCUGUGUCAUUCAUCACACUGUUAAAGAUAGCACAACCAAAAUAUUGUCUGAUUAUCCCUAACAAGGUUACGCUGGAAAAGUUGAUAUAAUAUGAUGCUUGUUUUCAAACUUUUAGGACAUUUGUAUUUUCCUCCUAUUCAAAGAUAAGUUUAUUUUGUAUAUUUGUUGUAUAUUUAUUUUACAAGAGACAAAGUUGUUUGUUGUGCACAUUUGCAAUGUGUUGCUAUCUCUUGUGUUACUGUA